ACCCCCUCAGAUCGCCACUUGGGAGAGUCACCGGUGGACAAGGCAAAUGGAAAAGAUGGCGCUCAGGAGCUCGACGAUGCCUUUCUAGAGGCCUUUAAGAACUUGCGCGUCAGCUGUUUUUACUGCUAUCCAAGAGACAGAUCUGAAACCGAAAAUCACAAAAUGGAAGAAUGAAACAGCUCAGACUCCCUUAUGGUAGCAGUUAUGGCGUCCAUUUUACAGGCGGCUGUAAAAGAUCAUGUUAAACCAGGCAAUUAAUAAAAUAAAAGGCGAUCACGUGAGACUAUCUAAAACCAAAGGCGCUUUUGAAAAAGGUUAUGAACAGACGUUUACCGAUGAGAUAUUCAUAGUGGAUGAAGCCUUAACCAGGGGCCGAAGACCUGUAUACCGAUUAAAAGAUUACGAAGGUGAGGCAGUUACUGGAUCUUUUUACCCUGAAGAGUUACAAAAAGUAAACCCCAAACGAGACAGGAUUUACAGGAUUGAAAAAAUUCUAGCGGAGAAAGGAAAAGGGAGAAAAAAACACUUACUGGUAAAAUGGUUGGGUUGGCCUGAUAAGUUUAACAGCUGGGUGGAAGCUUCUCAACUCUGUGACAUUUAGACACAAAACAAAGAGAAAAAAAAAAACAAAAAACCAAUUCCUCCUGCAAAGACAGAUAGAAGAAAAAAUAAUAAUGAGCGACGGCGGGUUUUACAUCACUUUGCCCAGCAAUGCCAGCUCUGCAGUUUUUCCCCAAAACACCAUCUCGAACUUUACAAUACGGCUAAUUAAGCCCUUGGAUCUCCCGGGUGCCUGGGAGGUGGGGUUAGUGGAAAUACAAUACCCGCACAGCUGGAACACUAUCAAUGAAGACACCCCUUUUGAAAUUACCUUUGAAGAUAUGAAGUGGAAUUUCAUCCUACGACGAGGUUAUUACUCGACCAUACCUGAAUUACUGGAGCAUAUGAACAGCACCAUGGCUCGUCACCAAGGACCGCCUGAGAUGGUCAUGAACUACGACCCUGUAGGUAGAAAAGUGAGACUUAAAUCUACCAAUUUUAACUACGGGUUUUCUACUGGCGGGGAACUAGCUAACAUUUUGGGUUUGGGCCCAAAACGCAACGUCCAAAAAUUUCCCUUCUCAGCAGACAUUACAGGGGGUUUUAACUCCUUGUAUCUGUACACGGAUAUUGUAGAACACCAGUUUGUGGGGGACUUUUCUGUUCCCCUGUUACGCUGCGUCCCUGUCCAAGGAAGGAACAAUGAGUUUGUUACCAUCACCUAUGAUAAACCUCAUUACGUUCCUGUUAGUAAACACCACAUCGACACCAUUACCAUUGAAAUAAAGACAGAUCAGAACAGACAUGUCUCAUUUCGCUUCGGCAAGGUGAUCAUCAAGCUGCAUUUGCGACCGCGGAGAGAGCGAGGUUUCUAAAAAGCAAAAAAAAAAAACACACUAUUAUGGCGAUCCUAAAAAAUUAUGGCGACCCCACCAUCUACAGGAACUAUUACAAAGCCCAGGCUGGAUACGCCCUUCCUGGAUAUCAUGGGGCCCCCGUGAUGUACGGGGCUGGUGUGGGUGGAAUAUUUCGUAGCCUCUUUCGAAAAGCUGUACCGCUUUUGAGGAGGGGGCUAGAGAUUAUUAAGCCCCACGUAAAAACCGCCGCUCAAAACAUAGCUAAAGAUGUGGUAGGUCAUGUCUCCCGUGCUGUUCUGGAGAAGGUGGGGAAUACAGCUUCACAGGAAGGAUCGGGGCUGAUGUACAUUAAAAGGAGGAAGAAAAGAAAGAGAAAUACGUCAUACCCGCGACGCACAGGUCCCCCAAAACCU